AUGACGGGAAAAUUGGUGAAUGGAGAGGUGGUGCCGCGAGCUCGGGAGGACUUGACGGCGGAGGAACUGGACUGGGAGGAGAUGAUGAACGAGACGUGCCAUCAAUUCAUCGUCUUCCGACAAGUAUCGCCUCUGGUAGUGGCGAAGAAGAUCCACGACGAUGAGGUGUCGGUUCUCGUCGAUAUCGGCGGCCACCUGUCGUAUCGCGCCGAAGUGCUCGUCUUGAAGCCAGCUCCAAUCCAGGUGCACUGGCCUCUGGGUGGAUACCUCGCCACCUUCGGUGACAAGGAGAGCGUCCAAUACCUGCUCUGUGAGAACAGCAUGCUUCACGAGAACGAGACUCAGUACUUCACCGAGCAGCCGGUGUACCUGCUACCUUCCUUCUACGGGUACUAUCCGCCUCCUUCAUCGGCCGCCGAGGCCAGAACGAUACGGGCAAUGGUCGAGAAGGCUCUUGACGCGGCCACGCCCUUUCCAUCGCUCGCAUCGGCCGAAAGAUCUCCUGCGCAUGCGUUCCCGUCACUGCCCGCCGUCCCUAUCAGCAUCCCAUUCGAGCUCCAACUGCCCGACCGCAAGGCCCUCGGCCUUCCUCCCAAGGAGGAUGGUACCUUCAUCUUCUUCAACUUUGCCGAACCGUACAAGGUCGAUCGGCAGGUCUUCGCGACCUGGAUGCAGAUACUCAACGUCACGCAGAACACGGUCCUCCUACUGCCGAGCGGCGCGACCAACGAGAGAAACCAGAACAUGAAGAAGUACAUGUCAGCACGAGGAAUAGAUCCGAAGCGACUCAUCUUCACGACGAUCAACGGCGUACCUUGGCAGCUGACGUCAAUGACGGAUACGCGCCACAUCCUUAGCUUCGUCGACCUCUACCUCGAUACCUUCCCCUUCGGCACUGAUGUGCUCAGCCUGGUCGAGACGCUCUACCACGAAGUACCUGUGCUGGCACUGCAAGGCAGGUCGUUCUCAGAAAUGGUGGGUACCAGCUUUCUCAAGACCUUGGGCCUGCCGGAGCUGAUAGCGCAGAGCAAGACGAAGUACGUGGCCACUGCUGCGCGGCUCGUACGGUCGACCAGAGAGGAUCUCACCGCAUGGCCUGCAAGCGAAGACCUUGCCUCCACGGUAAGUGACUGCUGA